UGCGUCGGCUCCGGCACUCCAGAGGGAUGGAGAGUUUAGGCGAGCAGCAACAUGCGCUCAGUUUCUGACAGCAAGGAAAACCAACAAUGAAAACUAUAUUUGGAGCUCAACAGAAAUGCGCAACAGGACCAGUGUGGUGAAAGUGUGGCUGUCCCGCAAUGAGCCGCCGACCUCCAGACCGGUGUGGAGCUGGACCGGACAGGAGGGCAGCCUGGAUCCUGACUGUUUCCGCCCUCAUCACCGCUCAGACUGCCGGAGGAGCACCGCUGUUCUCGGACCCUGGGGUUUUUCUGGAAAAGUACGGCUACCUCCAUCAGGACAACCACAUCCACAAUGCAGUAGAGAUGCAGUCAGCUAUCCGCGAGUUCCAGUGGUUGUCCCGGCUUCCUGUCACAGGCGAGCUUGACAGUGCCACUCUGAGGCAGAUGGCGGAGCCCCGCUGUGGGGUGUCGGAUGAGGGCAGCCAGCAGAUCUGGGCCCAGAGAGUAAAUGCCAUCUUCACUGGAAAGAGCAUCACUCUCAGGCGACCACAGCGCCGCAGAAGGCACUCUGCUGCACAAGCUGAGAAGUGGUACAAACGUCAUCUGACCUACCAGAUAGUAAACUGGCCUCGUCACCUAACUCUGGGCUCCGUGCGGCUGGCAGUGCGCGUUGCCUUCCAGCUGUGGAGCAACGUAUCGGGCCUGGUGUUCCAGGAGGCCCCUGAAGGCCCUGCAGACAUCCGGCUGGCAUUUUACGAGGGAGACCACAAUGACGGGGCCAGCAAUGCCUUCGACGGACCAGGAGGAGCUCUGGCUCACGCCUUCCUGCCUCGCCGGGGCGAAGCCCACUUCGACAUGGCGGAGAGGUGGACGCUAAACGGACACAAGGGACACAACCUGUUCAUGGUGACUGCCCACGAGAUCGGACACACUCUGGGACUGGAACACUCCCCAGUCCAUCAUGCCUUAAUGUCGCCAUACUACAGGAAACUGGGCCGCAGCCUGGUGCUGAGCUGGGACGACAUCAUUGCAGUGCAGCAGCUGUACGGUAAGCCAUCAGGUGAUCGCCCUGUGAGGCUGCCAGGCCAGGUUUUGCACGCCGCUCUGCAGGAGUGGGAGUUUACUGAGCUUCACAACGAGCAUCAGACCACAGGGCAGCCUCUCUACUGCCAGGGUGUCUUUGAUGCCAUCACUAUGGACCAGAAUGACACAGUGCUGGUGUUUCGGGGCGGUGUGUACUGGUCAGUAUUGGCUGAAGGCGCAGUGAGUGGCCCGCUGCCUCUCCGUCAGCGCUGGUCUGACCUCCCUCCGGCCAUCGAGGCUGCUGCCUUCUCCCCGCUAGACUCCAAGUGGUAUUUUUUCAAAGGGAAGCGGAUGUGGCGCUACACAGGCAGUGUGCUGGACCCCGGCUUCCCCAGGAAGAGCAGUGAGUUGGGGUUGCCCCGACACCCUGACUGUGCCUUCUACUAUGCUCCUCUGGGUCACAUGGUCCUCUUCAAGGGCUCCCGUUACUCUGUGCUUAACCUCAAAACCCUGCACCAAGAACCCUACUACCCCCGCAGGCUGGCAGACUGGACUGGUGUGCCACAGGGGACCAAUGGGGCGCUGACCCGUCCCGACGGACGCCUCUACCUGUUCAGAGAACAGCGGUUCUGGAGAUUUGACCCGGUUAAGGUGCGUGUCACCAGAGAGGGCCAGUGGGCCAAGGAUCUGAGCUGGACUGGUUGCAGCAACGCUCCUCAGAGCAACAACAUUCUUUGACCAGCAGAGGGAGCUGUAAGCUUUAGAUAAAGUGCAAUUUGUUGAUGUAUACUAUAAUGUAAGGUGCUACAACUUGUUCAGCCUAAACCCACAUUGAGUUUAUAUGUUACAAAAGGAGCCUAGCUCAGCAAACUCAUGCCAUGAAGGUAUUCAACAAAAAUACUUGGUUUAUACAUUUUGAUGCACAUAUAGUAUUUAUACUGCAGAGCAAUGGAUAUUACUCUAUAUGAAUGUGCAAUUAUAGCCUCAUUAUUACAGUAGAUAAUGACUGGACUGUCUACUCUUAGGUGAGCAGACAGGUUGGAACUAUGCUUUUAAAACCAUCUUCUUUUCUCUUGUAGUAUUUGCACACAAACAGAGAAACUAAAUGUUAUGUGUUUUUAUCAUCUCUUCUGCAAUGUCACUAACAUAUGUAACAUAUUGUAUAAAUGACUGUUACUUCC